AUCCGGUGUCAAAGAUGGCCGCCUGUGAAUAACAAAACACAGAAAAGUUGAUAGCAGAAAAGCAAUGAACGCUGACAAAAGAAGAAGGGCUCGUGUUCAGGGCGGCUGGGCCCCGCCAUCAGUAUCCAAUGUGAGAUCUGACAGAGAUAAGCCCAAAAUGCCAGCAGGACCAGCAUGGUUGGGCAAAAAUAUCGACCAAGGUUCGCAAAGCUCAGAAAAAAAGUUUGUUUUCGAGGAAACUGACGAGAUAAGACAGAAACCGCCAGAUCAAGUUAUUACGAAAGCCGGAGUUUACGACAUUAGCAGUGGACCGGCUGGAGUUUCUAGACUGAGGUAUUUCCCAUGUUUUAUUGAUCCGACGGAGGCCAAGGGAAUGUUUGACCAGCUGUUUGAAGAGUGUCCCUGGCGUCAACGAUCUGACUCCUACAACGGUGAACAGUACCUGCAGCCCCGGCUCACCGCGUGGUUUGGCGAUCUGCCCUACUCCUACUCAGGGGUUACAUUGGAUGUUAACAAAGAUUGGCCUGCAGUGAUGAGGCUCCUGAAGCAGCAUCUGGAGGAAGUGACCGGUCUCAACUUCAACUCCGUCCUAGCCAACCUGUACCGAGAUGGCCACGACAGCGUUGCCUGGCAUGCUGAUGAUGAGAAGUCACUGAAGGAGAAUCCCACCAUAGCUUCACUGUCAUUCGGUGAUGUCAGAAACUUUGAGUUGAGAAAGAAACCUGCAUCUGGGGAGGAUCCCGCCUUGAGUCAGCUGAUCCGUGUGCCCCUCCCCCCAGGCUCUCUGCUCAUCAUGGAGGGGGCUACUCAGGCAGACUGGCAUCAUCGGGUUCCCAGAGAGUACCAUGACAGGGGGCCGAGGAUCAACUUGACCUUCAGAGUUAUUCAUCCAGAAUAAUCACGAUACAGAUCUAUUUUUUUAACAAUUUAUUGUAAAUAUUUGAGAGCUUUUCUGAUUUUAAAGCAAUACUUGUUAUAUAUACAUCAGGGCUUUACCCUGACUUACAAAAGUGUGGGUCCAGGGGACCCUCAAUAAUUAUUUUUAAGGGUCCUUGCAGGCAAUAUGACAUCUUCCUGAGGCCAGAGUGUUAACUGACUUUAAAAGUCCAGUUUCCAUCCAUGCCGGAGUGGGCUCGAAUUCCUGGGCUCGAUCGU